UACAAAUCUGACACUUGACGGCUGGGUCGGAUGUAUGGAAUGGGCCAGGCUCUCUUCAAAUCAAGGAAGCAGUAACAUGCUUGAACUGGAUUAGUCGCCUUCGUAUCGGGUCUGCUCCAAACCCCUUGCCACAUCACAUGUGCUUUUCGGCUGCCCCUUGACUGGGUCGGUAGAGCACGAAUGCACAAAACAGCAUGGAUGCAGACGACGAGUUUGGAUUCGACGACGCUGACGACGCCAUUGCGCAGCUCGCCGACGAUGACUUGUUUCUGCCAAAGGCACAGAUGGACCGGGUCUUCCAUCGACAGUGUCAAAGUGGGGAUGCGGUGCAAGACCCGCAACUUGGUCCGGCAUCGCUACGUUCGGGGCUCGCAGCCGCCAGUACCUCCAUAGCGACCCACCUCCGACGAACUGGCAUGGAAAAGGCAGGGACAAGCUCAGAAGACGCCAUCCCGCUUUUUCGCGGCGAAGAUGAAGAAGAUGACCUGAAUUCUCGCCCCGGUUCGGGCACGCGGUGCACUCCUGCAUUGGGGCGGACAGAAGUAAACGGAUCUACAGCGGCGCCGACUGCAUUCAAAGUGCCGACUAUGGCUGCACGUCCCGGCGUUACUACUGCUCGGAGGGUGCUCAGUGGGCCGGUGGAGUCCAAUAUCUCAAAUGUCCCGCAGACCAACGGUUGGGCCGCGAAGGGCACAACGUCCUCUCACUCAGCCUCUGCCGUGGCGAAGGGAAAGCAGCCUGGUCGGCUCCCUCAGCGAGGGCAUGCCGGCGUCGAUGUCAUCGAAAUGGAUGACCUUGAAGACGAAUUUGACGACUCUUUCUUUCAAUAUGCCGAUGAGGUAGAAUUGCGAGCUAUGUCCAGCGCGGGAACGCCCAACUCGACUCGCACAAAUGGUAGCCACACUGCAGUGGGCCAGAGACGCUCAACACCUGGGGUCUUUCGCCCUCGGCAAUCUAGCGGAAGUGGCUCAGGAGCCGAAGGCGGAGGAAACAAUGCUACCGGAGGGUUGCGGCAAAUGAAUCUGUUUGGAAAAGCCAUUUCCCACGAGGCGCCGAGUCGACCUGCUGUGCGAGCGCCGGGUCUCCUGGUGCUCUCUGCGAACCGAUCCCACUCAUCCGGUGCCAAUGGCGCUCAAACGAGUACUUCGGCCUCUGGAGGAGCAGGACACGCGGUGGCGACUGGGAGGAGCAGAAGCGGCGGAAUUGGUAUGGGAGCAAAGAAGUGGGACCGCAACGUUCGUGCCGCCUCGGGUCCUGCGUGGCAACGCCAGCGUGCCCUCGCUAGCGUGGGCGCUGGUAGCCUCGUUGUCAAUACUAGCAGCGAUGAGCUACAGGAAGAUUGGGACGAAUCACGUCGUAGUCACCGGCUGGCAGGCGUAGGAAUGUACAGCGCUGGUGUGGUGGGCAGAGCGAGUGUUAACCCCCAGCAGCAUCAGUUAUUAGAGAUAGCAAAUGCUGGCCCGCCUCUUCCGAUGAAAAACAAGAUCGACGAGGAAGCUGCCAAGACUUGGAUCUACCCGACGAACAUGGAAGCCAGAGACUAUCAGUACAACAUUGUCAGCAAGGCUCUGUUCAACAAUGUAUUGGUCGCUCUACCGACCGGUCUGGGAAAGACAUUCAUCGCAGCUGUCGUAAUCUUAAAUUUUUUUCGCUGGUACCCGCACGGCAAGAUCAUCUUCGUUGCACCAACGCGACCGCUGGUCGGACAACAGCAGAUGGCUUGCCACGGAAUCUGUGGGCUACCUUGGGACGUAGCGAUUGAGCUCACGGGCGAGACAAGGAGCUCGAUACGCGAAGAAGACUGGAAGGCGAAACGCAUUUUCUACAUGACACCGCAGACGCUCAACAACGAUCUCGAAAAAGGCAAUUGCGAUGCCAGAGACGUGGUGUGCAUUGUGAUUGACGAGGCGCAUCGUGCGACUGGCCGUUUCGCAUACACCACCAUCAUGCAGCUCUUGAUGGCUCGCAACCCGUACUUCCGCGUGUUAGCGCUGUCUGCCACUCCAGGCAAGGAUUCUGAGCACGUACAAAUGGUGAUUGACAAUUUGCACAUCAACGCGAUCGAGAUUCGCACGGACGAUGCCAUCGACAUUCGCCGCUACGUCCACCGCAAGAGCGAGUCUGUCGUACGCGUUGCGCGAGAUCCCGUAAUCGAGAGCCUGAAAGACAAAUGGGCGAGUCUGAUGGAGAAGAAUUAUCUCAAAGCGAUCAAAAGCUUCCAACUGCUGCGUGGUGAUCAGAAGGCAGAGACGAUCAAGCCGUAUACAUUGCAGUCGCUUCAGCGCACCGCGCACGACGUCCUCAAAGCCAAACCCUACUUGCGCAAGACGAUUGCCGGAGCACAACAGAUGGCAUUCGCCAUGAGCUUUCUGCUUGACUCGUCUGCCAUGAUCUUCCGUGAUCGCGUACUCGCCAUCUGUGACGGCGACGGAAAAGGUGGCUCGGGCUCGAGCAAAUCGGCAAUCAAUCGUGGCCUCGCCGAAGUACAGGAUAUCCUUACAGAGGUCAACUCUCUCAAGGUCAACGACAAAUUUUAUCGGCACCCCAAGAUGGAUAUGCUACGCGAGAUCCUCGAGCAACAUUUCAACGAAGACGAGAUUGCUGCUUUACAAGAUCAGGAUCAAGCAGAAGCCUCAGGAAACAAGGUAUCUCACAUGCGGACACGUGCGAUGGUUUUCUGUUCGUCACGUGAAUGCGUCGAAGAGAUUGUUGCCAACCUCAACUCGGUCAACAUGGACGCCUGCCGCUUUGUUGGUCAGCAAGCUGAUCGUAACGGCAGCAGAGGAAUGGGUCAAGCAGAGCAAAAGCAAGUAAUCAGGGAUUUCAAGGAGGGCAAGUACCGAGUGCUCGUAGCGACAUCGAUCGGUGAAGAAGGCCUCGACAUUGGCGAGAUUGACUUGAUCGUGUGCUACGACGCCACCUCAGAUCCCGUGCGCAUGCUACAGCGCGUCGGAAGAACAGGACGCAAGAGAGACGGUAAAGUUGUGCUCCUCGUGACUGAAGGAAGGGACGAUUUCAAGCACGAGAAUGCGCGCGAGAAGCACGGGAAUGUCCUCAAGAGUAUCACGAAUGGCAAAUAUGAGCUCUAUGAUGAUGUUGAGCGCAUGGUGCCACCCCAUAUACAUCCAGCGGUCGAAAAGAAGGCGGUUCCACAGCCAGAAUUCGACACAUCAAUGAUAUCCAACGGCCGUUCUCGAUCGUCAAGAACUGCCGCGAGUAGCAAGAAGGGGAAGAAGAUGAAAGACCCCAUGCGCGGUGUACCUGAAGAUGAUUUUGCUGGAUUCUCAAAGGCUUCUGAGCUUGGUAACAGGCCGAGCAUGAAGGGGCAAAAGCGUUCAUCUGGCAUGCUUUCGGACGACACAUCCGAUGAUGACAUCCUCUGUGGACGACGCGCACCGGCCAACGGGCAUGGCACUGCCACACGAGAUGCAGACUCUGAGGAAGAACAACAUGACACGCUUUCUACUGACCUAGCGCUCGUACUCGAUGACAACUCGGAUGAUGAUCUCCUCACUGGUUUCAGCACAGUGAAUCAAAUCUUAGCCCGUGCUCCCCGUCGCGAUAAGAGCACUGGUGCAGCGCGUACAGGGAAAGCCGGAGUUACUCAAGUCGGCAGGUCCAGCACAUCAAUUAAUACGAGCCUGAAGAAUACAAGGAACAACCAUGCCUUAGCUCGUGCACAGCCAGCUGCGAAGAGGCCAGCUACUGUUCGAUCGGCUGUACAGCCAAAGGGCUUGGCACGCGGUGGCCACCAAUCUGCUUGCGUCGCCCCCACCACGGCGAGUCCUACAUUCAAUGGCCCUCCGAUGGGCAGGGUGCACCCACUUCUUGCUCAAUUCCUCCAGAAGGAGAAUGGCGUAGAUGACCCUGCACCCUCUAAACCGGAAGCGGGUAAAGUACAAGAGAAGAGAAUGGGAAACGAAAGACAUGCUGCAAAACCCUUAUCCGCAUCGAAUGCUCCACUUCAGCACAUUGAUUUGAACGUCAUCAAGCCCAGCGCGGCUGCGGAGAGGGAGCCUGACUCUGACACGAGUUCCCAGCCAUGGUCCCAGAAGCCGCUGGCCAUCGCCACAUCGAUUCCUCAAAACUCCAUAUUCACUUCACAAUCAGACGAAGAACCACUUGCUGCCACUGCAUCGAAGCGUAGCUUAAACAAAGGCGUUCAAAAUGAUGCCGAUCUGUCGGACGUCCCUCUGAGCAAGGUCAAGCCAAGAGCGCCCUCGCCUCACGGACCAAUUUCUAGUGAUUUGAGGCAGGUCAGUGCCGCACACGAUAUGCAGAAGGCGAGGGAUCAUCCAGGGUCAUAUGAAGAAGAGAUCGAUACUUCGCCUUUGAUUGUCAGGAAGCGGGGGCAAAAAAGAGGACCGCACAUCCUCGCGCAAAACAGCUCAUCGCCACCACACAAGAAGCAGGUAGUGUCGAUCCCCGAAACACCACCAGCGGUUGCUCCGCGAAAGCGUAAGCAAGCAAAGCGCAAGAUUCGCAACUCGCCGCGAUCGAGAAUGCUAUUCCAGUAUGAGGCUGACCGCAGCACAGAUGAAGAGCAGCAUGGCGAGAGCGAUGAAGACGACGAAGGCAUCAAUACCGAUUCUGACAGCGAUGACGACCGGCGGGCUGUUGGAGCCUUCGAAGCAACGCAAGCUCCUGCGGGGUACAACCAGCAGGCUAUCUACAUGCAGUCAUUGCUAUCACAAGAAGCGCCGACACCUUUUAGAGGCGGCCGGUCGGCAGCGAAUCUAUUCCCCGGCAUUGGGGGACGCUUUGGCGAGAAGGGCGAUGGAGGUACAGGCAUCAGCAAAGCGAGGAGGCCUGUGAUGCUUUCCUCUGACGCUGCUGCACAAGAUGAUGACCAUUACUCGAUGGACAGCUUCGUUGUCGAUGAGGAUGUCCUUGAGUAUGAAGAUGGGUACAAUGGUCAAGAUGACAGCGAGCUGUAGUCCAAAGAUUGAUAUCAGGGCUGCAUAGCGCUUGCCAUUAUGCCAC